UCUCAAACAUGGCAGCCAUGCUGCAGAGGUUGUCGAGGAACUGUCGGACACUGAGACCAGUUUUCAGGUAUUUGUCUGAGGAAAUCCAUAUUAUAAAAGUUGUCCGCUACACACAUACAUUUGGUUUACGGUAUUGUAGCACUGCCAUUCCCGAGAGUCAAGCCGAUGAUGAACAAAACAUGGACGAUUUAACGUGGGGUGAGCGACUUCGGGUUGAUGAUAGUCUACCGCAAUGGAUGAAAACAAGAAAGGGACAACGUAAACUGUAUGCGAAAUUCGGAAAGGCGUCGGGCAUCAACCCAGCAGUUGCCUGGCCUACUAGAAAUGAAUUGGCAGAAAUGAUCGAAGACGAGAGAGAAUGGCGUCCGACGUUAGCACAGAUGCAGUCCAAUAUUAACGCCCAGCGGCGAGCUCAGAAGAUUGAGCAAAUCAAACGUGAGAAACACAUCGAGGCCUGUUUAGCCAAAAUGCCAAAACUAGAAAAACAGUUUUAUGAAGACAGACGAAAAUAAACGAUUACAGCAACAGGCACAGCAGGAGAAGAGAGCCGCACUGCUUAUGGAAGCCAAAGAGAAGUUUGGUUACGCAAUUGAUCCACGUCAUCCCAAAUUUCAGAAGUUCAUGGAAGAGAUUGAGCAACAAGAACGAAAGAGAAGAAAAGAACUGAAGAAAAAGGGAAUCAUAAUUUAGAUUGCUUGUGAAAUGCAGUAAUUUUCAAUACAUUUUUUCUCUGAGAAUUUUUUUUUGAUUUGAAAGAUGAUUGAUUAGGACUGUGAUCAAUUUUUACUCAUAAUUUUGAAAAGAUUUUCAACGAUUUCUUAAUCCUCAUCAUACGAAUAAUAGUCUUUCAUUUCCCCUUUGUUGCAAAAAUAAUAAAAACAAGUGAAAUUGCAUAACCAUCACUCUUGAUAGAUAGAACAGUCCACGCACUGCUUUCAGAGGUCACUGCUGUGAUGCAUAAAUCACAUAUCUCACCCCCAAAAUGCUGUUUUCAAGUAU